GUUUGAAAUUUGAAUAGUUUUUGUUUUGUAAUUUUUAUUUCGUAUUUUUCCGUUGUUCGAUAUUUUCUCAAAUAAUAUCCAAUUUACCAUUUUUCUAAUUUUGAAAUUAAUUAACAGUUUUGUAAGGAAUAAUCUCUAAAUAUUGUAAUCAAACAAAAGUAUAAAAAUGGAAGAGGAAUCACCGAAACCAGUCUGCCUUAUAAUAUUAGGGAUGGCUGGCGCAGGCAAAACAUCGUUCACAAGGCGUUUGGCGGGCAAAAUUACAAAUGGUUCGAAACCGUAUUUAAUAAACUUGGACCCAGCGUGUAGAGAGGUUCCAUACCCGGCGAAUAUAGAUAUAAGAGACACAGUGAAUUACAAAGAGGUUAUGAAACAGUAUGGCCUGGGCCCAAAUGGAGGCAUAGUGACAGCUCUGAAUCUGUUCUCAACUAAAUUUGGACAAGUUGUUGACCUCAUAGAGAAAGCCGGCAAGAAACAUAAAUAUUGCAUAAUUGAUACACCAGGUCAAAUAGAAGUGUUCACGUGGUCAGCGUCAGGUACUAUAGUGACAGAGACACUGGCUGCCUCAUGCCCCACAGUGGUGGUGUAUGUCAUGGACACAGUGCGCAGUGUCUCACCCGUCACCUUCAUGUCCAACAUGCUGUACGCCUGCUCCAUACUGUACAAGACUCGCCUGCCCUUCAUUGUUGUUAUGAACAAGACAGAUGUAGUAGACAACAGCUACGCCGUGGAGUGGAUGCGGGACUUCGAGGCGUUCCAGGAGGCGCUGGACGCGGACGGGGACGGCGAGGGCGAGGGCGCCACCUACGUCGGCAACCUCACGCGCUCCAUGGCGCUCGCGCUCGACACUUUCUACGCUGACCUGAAGAGCUGUGGAGUUAGUGCACAUACGGGACAGGGCAUAGAUGAAUUUUUCAAAUUAGUAGAUGAUGCAGCUGAAGAAUAUGAAAAAGACUACAAAGCCGAUUGGUUAAGAAUGCGCGCAGAAAAGUUAGAAGAGCAAAGAAGAAAAGAAGAGGAAUUAAAAAAAGGAGAUAAAAGCGAUCCAGACACGGUGAUAGACAAAAAGAAGCUAAUAGACGAAGUGGCGUGCGGGCGCGAGCUCAGCGACAUGUACCUCAAGCACCCCGCCAACGAGAGCUCCAGCGACGACGAGGGCGAGGAGACGGCGCCGCAGGAAACCGAUGACAAACCUGAAGAUGUCGCCGCAUUUCAAGAAUUCAUCAGGAAACACGUGAAACCAAAUAACACUGAACAUAAAACCUGAAUUAAUAUAUUUUAAAUCAGAUUCAAAAA